UGUCCUAAUGGCAUGAAAAUGGUGCCUCAACUCCGGUUUUCCAUCCGCUAUGAUGUUUCCGGCGUGGGGCCGGAUGGAUGGCAGGGCGAGGCGCCGUUUGAACUCGCGUGUGGUCCGAGUCAUUGUAUGCAUGGCGAUUUUAUCAAUGGCUGA